GGGCGCCGCGCCGCCGGGAGGGGCGGCUGAAGGUUGCAUCUGCUGGAAGGAGGCUUUUGGCUGCUUGGUAACGGGCUGCCAGAACCCAGAGAAAGGCAGCGAGCUAGCUGGGCAGCGGCUUCUUGACGUCAGGACCUAGCGAGGGGAUCGCGCGCGCCAGCAACCCUAGCAGCGCCCGCCCCACUGGUGCGCCAGCCGACGGCGGGAGAGGAGCCCCACGCCAGGCCCUCGCGGAGUGUGAGCGGGGGCGCGGGAACCGACCCACAGGGGCGCAGCAUGCCCCGCGCCCCGGGGCCAUGGAGAUCUCCCUGCUGCCCCUGGAGAACGGCGGGGCCAUGACCGUCCGAGGAGGAGGAGGUGAGGCCCGGGGGGGCUGCGGCCAUGUCCCAGCGGGGGAGCUCCAGUGCCCCUCGACGGCCGCGCUCUGCGACGGACCCAGAGGGCCGGCGCCCGGGGGGUGCGGCGCGCCCCGGAGCGCGGAGCCGGGAGGGCGGCCUUCGCCCCCGCUGCCCCCGCAGCAGCCGCAGCCGCCUAGACAGGUCCCCCCGGGGGACGAGGAGGGCGAAGACGACCCCGCCCAGGGCGCGGCGGCGGAGGACGACCCGGUGCCCAGCAGCGCGGCGCCGGCCCUGCACCACCAGCGCGUCCACAUCAACAUCUCGGGCUUGCGCUUUGAGACGCAGCUGGGCACCCUGGCGCAGUUCCCCGACACGCUCCUGGGGGACCCCGCCCGGCGCCUGCGCUACUUCGACCCCCUGCGCAACGAGUACUUCUUCGACCGCCACCGGCCCAGCUUCGACGGCAUCCUCUACUACUACCAGUCCGGGGGCCGCCUCCGCCGACCCGUCAACGUCUCCCUGGACGUGUUCGCCGACGAGAUCCGCUUCUACCAGCUUGGGGACGAGGCCAUGGAGCGCUUCCGGGAGGACGAGGGCUUCAUCAAGGAGGAGGAGAAGCCCCUGCCCCGCCGCCCGUUCCAGCGCCAGGUGUGGCUCAUCUUCGAGUACCCGGAGAGCUCGGGCUCCGCGCGCGCCGUCGCCAUCGUCUCGGUCCUGGUCAUCCUCGUCUCCAUCAUCACCUUCUGCCUGGAGACCUUGCCCGAGUUCAAGGACGAGCGCGAGCUGCACCGCCAUCCCCCGGCCGCGGCGGCUCUCCAUCCCCCGCCUUUGGGGGGGCCGGCGGCUUGGGGGGCCAAUGGCAGCAGCGGGGGGGCCGGGGCGCCCUCCACCUCCUCCGGCCCCGGCCCCACGGCGGCGGCGCCUCCUACUCGGCUGCCCAGGACCCUGGCCGACCCCUUCUUCAUCGUGGAGACCACGUGCGUCAUCUGGUUCACCUUCGAGCUGCUGGCGCGCUUCCUGGCCUGCCCGAGCAAGGCCGACUUUUGCAGGAACAUCAUGAACAUCAUCGAUGUGGUGGCCAUCUUCCCCUACUUCAUCACCCUGGGCACCGAGCUGGCCGAGCCGCAGUCCUCCGGGGGCGGCGGCGGCCAGAACGGGCAGCAGGCCAUGUCCCUGGCCAUCCUCCGGGUGAUCCGCCUGGUCCGCGUGUUCCGCAUCUUCAAGCUGUCCCGCCACUCCAAGGGGCUGCAGAUCCUGGGCAAGACCCUGCAGGCCUCCAUGCGGGAGCUGGGCCUGCUCAUCUUCUUCCUCUUCAUCGGUGUCAUCCUCUUCUCCAGCGCUGUCUACUUCGCCGAGGUGGACCACCAGAAGAGCCACUUCUCCAGCAUCCCCGACGCCUUCUGGUGGGCGGUGGUCACCAUGACCACGGUGGGCUACGGGGACAUGAGGCCCGUCACCGUCGGCGGCAAGAUCGUGGGCUCCCUGUGCGCCAUCGCCGGGGUCCUCACCAUCGCGCUGCCCGUGCCCGUCAUCGUCUCCAACUUCAACUACUUCUACCACCGGGAGACGGACCACCGCGAGUCGGAGGAGCUGGCCGCCCUCAAGGAGGAGCAGGGCAACCAGAGCCAGGGGCUGGGGCCGGAGGGCAGAGGCCAGCAGCGGAAGGCCAGCUGGAACAAGGGGUCCUUCUGCAAGGGGCCCCCCCCGGAGAAUGCUGAGGGGGCCCGAGGGGGCAGCUGCCCUCUAGAGAAGUGUCACCUCAAGGCCAAGAGCAAUGUGGACCUGCGGAGGUCCCUGUAUGCCCUCUGCCUGGACACCAGCCGGGAGACAGAUUUGUGAGGGGGAUGGGGGGGUUCUGGUGGGAUGCCGGAAGCCUCCCGAGCUUGGGCCUCUUUACAUUAUACCACAGAGUAUUUCAAACCCACCCCGUAACCCAAGUCUGUCCCUCUUCCCUUCCCUCUUCCCAUCCCUUCCUCACUCCCUCUUUCCCUGGAUCCCCCCAACUUUUCCUCUUCUUUCCAUGACACCAAGAGUCGCCUAUUUUUAAAAAGUACCACAUUCCAUGACGCAAAGAGCUGUUAAAAUGGUGAGCGCCAUGAGAUGGAUGUAUUUGUAGCCAGUUUCCUAUACCCAGCAGAGGAAUAACCCAAACAAAAAUGACUUUAAAUAGCCCAGAUCCCCAGGGAUUUUAUACCGUGCCCCUCCUCCCCCAUCCAUGUGUUCCAAAUUUGCUUUACAUAUUAUUAUAUUUGUGUAUAGGGGGAAAUAUUUUUAUGGCUAGUGAGAGGAUUUUUGUACUGUAGUUCAGAUGAAGAUAUUUUGGAUAUAUUUUUCUUGGACAUAUGUUGUCUUUAUGGAAGAGAGAGUUACUGUGGUGUUUUUCUGUGAAACGUAGAGUCGGAGACCCUCGGUACAGGGUCUGGCUCCUGUGUCUGUGAGCCUCUCUCUUUUCUGGGAUGUGGUAUCGGUGCUGUGCAUCUAGGGCAGAGAAUGUUCUGGAAGAAAGGCAAGCCUGACUCUUUUCUGCGCGCCUUAAACAAUUCUUAUAACUUCCUUUGGAAAGCAUGUUCAUGAUGUUGGAGGGAGACUUCUGACAAUUCAUUCUCUUUGCUUUUAUCCCAUGAAAUAAAAUGUUACUUGGUUAAGGCAA